AUGGCAAGUGUGAUUUGCCAGAAGCCUGCCGUCGAUUACUUCUCAUUGUCACGGCAGCAAACUGAACAGAGUACUUCCCCAUUUAACUGGGAUAGUGAGCCUGCGCUCGUCAACAACUCAGACUCUUGUGACUCCAUUCUUCCAUCACCAACCUCAUCCGACCCAAUUUUCUCCAAACCUUCUUACAUACUCCCCAAAGAAGAACCAUUCCAAAAUACAAACCGCAAAUCAUCCACAGGCCAAGCGUUUGACUUUGGUACCUUUGAGGAUUGGAUGCGUUGGGACGACCCAAGUGAAGCAGCCCUGUCACCUACCUCAGAUUUCUUCCCAGAACUCAAAAUUGAGCCCCUCUCGCCUAAUAUGAGCGGUCUCGAGCUCUCCCGCAAUCUUUCUAGCAUCGACGAAGCAGCAGUAUUCGGUGACGAUAAUUUAGUCGACGCGGGAGAACAACUCUUUCAACCCACACCAAGCAAUCUCAUGAAUUCGCCCAUGAUCGACAUUCCAUCUAGGGAUGGUUUAUACUCCACCCCCCUAUCCUGGGCACGACCCCAAAUGAACUCAAAUAUCAACCUCCGUCGCGCACAAACCAUCCCCAAUCUUCAACAGCAACCUAUACUCUAUAACCGUACUCUCACUCCUCAGGAAGAAUUUCAACUUCGUGCUAUUGCUAUGCCUCAACAAACUCAAAACACCUCUGCAUAUCCCACUUCUCCUACCUCAUCCAGAAGUUCGCCAUCGCAUUCUCCAAUUUCCAGACCUACACGCCAGUCAAUGUCAAAUUCAAAUCAUUCUAAUAACUUGAAACGCAAAUCAUCAGCUUGUUCUUCAGAUUCGAAUUCCGACGGUGAAGAUGAGGUACCCGCCCGUCAUCCACCCAUCAAGAAGACCGCCCACAACAUGAUCGAAAAGCGAUACCGAACGAACUUGAAUGAUAAGAUUGCUCUACUAAGGGACAGUGUACCUAGUUUGAGAGUGAUGACCAGAAAAUGUUCGAGGGGACAGGAAGAUGGCGAUGAGCAUAUUAAUGGGGAUGAUGAGGAGGAAGAUUUACAAGGCUUAACACCAGCACAUAAAUUAAAUAAGGCGACUGUAUUAUCUAAAGCAACAGAAUACAUCAACCACCUCGAGAAACGCAACAAAUACCUUCAAAAAGAAAACGCAGCUCUCAAAUCCCGCAUUGAAGCUUUCGAAAUGUUAGUCAUGUCCAGUCAAUCCCAAAAUGGGGCACCACAACAAACCAACGGAAUGCAAAGAGGGAGAUAUGGAUCGUGA